UCAACAUGCACAACUUCAGUUUACAGUACGAACUUGAAGAAGAGUGAAUGAUCGUCUCGGACUUUGCAGUUUCGCGUUGGUCGAAGAUGCAAUUUGGUUUUGUCAGCCGACAACACGCUAAUUGAUAAAUGUGAUAGAACAUAUCCUCAAAUCAAGUGCACGGUUGUGACGCGCGCAUUUACGCGAGCGAAAGAGAUAGAGUGACAGAGACGGGACGAGGGAUAGAGCAUGCGACCGCGCCUUUGCGACGUUUCUCCGUGCGUCGAUGAGGAUGGGAAGUGCGCCGCCGCCGCCGCCGCCGACGACGACGAGGGACGAAAGUAAGAUAGGGAUAACGUCGCUGCGGUGCGUCGUGCGGUGCUGCAUCAUCAUCGCUUAGGAAUGGUAUCGCCGUCCAAGCACCAACACCAGCAGCAACAGCAACACAGACAGCCGUCGAGAGAGAACAAGUCCGAUCUGCAACGAACAUCACAUGUUCGUAUACAAAAGGGCCCGAAACCUUUGGAAAAGAAGUCGUUCUAUUUGGACGUAAAGAAUCAUGCCAUCGCGGCCAAGCUAGAGGCAAAGAUCAAGGAGUUGGGUGGAGCGAUCGAAUUGUUUCUAAUACGCAGUGUGAAUCUUGUAGUCAGCGAUAGAAUAGAUAAGACAGGUCAUACGAACUCUGAGAGAUCUAGAUGGGUCUGUGCCAGUGGUGGCAGCGGGGGACCCCGCUCAUUGAGAAGCAUAGAAGUCCCUACGCCUACUCCUACACCCCCAACGCCAUUACUAAGUUCUGAAUGCCCCUCGUCUAAUUCUACCAAUCUGCGGGGUCAAACUACCCAAAGAUCUAAAUCGCGAGUGGAUGCAAUGUUGGAACGUGCUCUGACACAGCCACAACAGUGUUCCGUGGAUCCAUUAGAUAACGCCCACAGUUGGGGAAUUCCUAUUUGGACAACAGAUAAGCUUCAGGCUUGGCUUGACAGAAUCUAUGCAUCUUUCAAAGAUACUUAUAAUUUGAAACAGCUGAAGCAAAACAAUCAGCAUAACUCGGGGAAAGCUUUGAAGAUCAGGCAGUUGAAAGGAUCAUACAUCAAAUUUGAAUCCUUUCGCAAGACUACCAGACCUGUGUUCCUGGAAUUGUCGUCGUGGCCGACGUUAAACUUCGACGGUGACCCAGGUUCGUGUCCUUUUGACACAAAGAAGCAGGAAAAGCUAGAAAGCAAAUUGACAAACAAGGAAGUCAAGGAGAAUAAGGAGGAUAUUGAAUCUAUAAAUAAGGCGGAGGGUAAAGAAAUGACUCGGAGACCGCGCGCAGCCACUGCACGUGCCCGCAGAACUGAACAACUGGUUGCUGGUUACUGUGAAAUUUGUCAUAUUCAUUAUGACGAUCUCUCCAAACAUGUGCAAAGCGAGCAGCACCUGAACUUUGUAGGGAAUGACGACAAUUUUUUGUCGUUGGACACGUUAAUCAAUGCAGGUGCCAAUGUGGAAGCGUUUUUAAAAUUGAACAGAACGAAAGAUAUUGAGAAAGACUGUGACUUGUUCCCCAAUGGAGAUGGUAAUCUUCACAAUGUAGUACUGCCCGAGGAGAAGGUUGACAAAAACACCAAGACUUUAAACAACUUUGAAGAGAUAAAAAUAGUAAACGGAGCACGCAGAAACCUUAAUUUAAAGUUAAGCUCGCAUAAUCUGCGUACUCGCACGAAACACGAAAGUGGGCAUCUUCUCAGGUCUAAGGGCAGCCCGUGGCAUGAAGUGGAUAAGAAUGACAAGUUGUACGACAAAUUGGAGGGUUUCACCAUCAAGAAGCGCUCGAAGGGUACCAUCUGGAUUGAGGAAGAUGAUCCGGAUGUAAAAUACACGGAAGAUAUCUUGAAGGAAUCCAAACAGGAAGAUUAUAAAAUAAGGACGUUCUCGAAAGAUAUCGAUGAGGUUUAUAACAAUAAGGAUAAUAUCAAUAGUAAACAUAGUAAUUCGGAUCCGCCAAAUUUGCAUCCGGCGAUUGUACAUAAUAGUAUGCAAAACGGUAUUAUAAAUUCGCGUCACAUAUCGGAGGAUCCGGAUUAUCUCAAGAGUAAGGACGAGUGUAACGGUGACGAGAACGCGGGUGCUUUGGAGUGCGCGAUAAACGAGAACGGUGUAGUCGACAAUAAUUAUACCGGAAGUUGCAAGCCGUGCAAAGGUGAUUUGUUUCAAAAAGACAAUUGUGCAUUACAAGCGAACAAAGUAACGAUUGACGCGAAGAAAUUUUCGAACGAUGCGAACGAAAUUGUUUGCAACGGCCACAAUGACAGAAGUGAACACAAAGACCUGAAGGCGUCGCAAGAGGACAACAUUCGAUUCGUGAAGCUCAAACAUCCCAGAGUCAAUCGAAGAGGUGGCAGAGGUAUUAGAGGCCGGUGUCGACAUCGAUUGUCAGUGGAGGAGCGUUUAAUCGAGGAUAAUCGCGCUUACUAUAAGGUAGAAGUGUUGGGUAAUAAGCUACGAUCGAGUGCGGUGCCGGGUGCCAAUUUGCAACAAGUGAUAUUGAAAGAAAGCGAUGGCGAAGAAAAAAAGGAAGCACCGUCGAGUGCUGAGAAGCCGGUGGUAGUGCGAUUUAAGCGCGUGAGAAAGUCGGAGUUGUCGUUGCUGAGCGAUGAGGCGGAGUCCUUCAUGUUCGGCGAAUCGAAGCGGGACGAUUCUAGCGAGCAAACGAGCGACGGCGAGCAGAGUAGCGUGCUACCGAGAGACACGGAGAGCGAGGUCAACGAUACUGCCAGUUCGUCCCUGCUGUCUACCUCGUUAAAUUCCAGUCCUAUGAAGCAGGAGAUUCUCGAGGAGGACUCGCAAGAUUCCAUGCACUUGGGAAGAGCGAGGAAAAGAAGACGUACACAGGCCGAAGCGUUCAUCAAGGACAAUGCGGACUACUACAAAUUUGAAACGCCGGGUAGCAGGCUAAGGUAUCAAGCUCCAUUGACCGGUAUUAAAGACGGCGUCAUGGACGACGGCAGGGAACACACGACGGUGAGAAAAUCGUCGCAAGAGCCGAAAGACUGCAAACCGCAAACUGACGACGUUGUUGAGAAGACUUAUCCGUCCAAGCCAUCGGCGGAGAUUGAGAAGAUGCAGUUCUCCUUCGAGGCGAUACCCAAGUCCGAGCCAUGGUAUCAAACGUAUCAACGUCAGGACAUGGGCGCUGAGUUCUGGCACUGUUUCAGCGAGUGCGACGCGAUGAAACCAUUUCUCCUGCCGUAUGAGAUCGAAAACUUUCACGAGACGCUGCUGAAAGCGCAGAGUAGAUUCGAGAUGGGGAGAAAGAGGGGUCGCGGUCGCGGAAUAGGAUCGUCGGGACGUUCGCCGAGGAAGAGUCCACGCUGCCAUGCGUCCACGUUGGCCAUUAUGUCCACUAUAAUUCGCAAAAAGGAACAGCAGACGUCGACUCUGUCGACGAUAGAGGAGUCACCGCCGCCUGUUAGAUCGCGCACGAACACACCCAAGCCCGAGCAAAAGCAAGAUUCCAAAUCGGACGUGGAUGAGGAACUGAAGGAAAUGGCGAAGACGAUUGACGAGAUGCUGAGCACGAAGGGCAUGACAGAACUGGACGAUUCGUUCGAGCUCAACUUGGACCUCGCGCAGACCGACAAUUUCUGCGGUCCGAACAUACCGAAAGGCGCGCCGCCGAAUCUGCUGGAGCUACUCGACAACUGUCAGGACAUCACCAGUUGCCUGGAGAACAACUCGUCGUGCGCUUGCUCGGAAUGCGGUGAGACGAACAUCGAUACUCCGCUGAGACGGCGGAAACGAAGAAAAAACCGAACGGGCUGGCCAGUUGGUAACAAACUGAAGAAGAAAGUACAAACGACUAGCAAGAAUUUGAUCGACUGCGAACGAGAAUCGUUGUCGGAGAAGAGAUUGUUCGCUGACAAUGUUUUUGCCAGGCGACAUACAUUGGACAGUACGUCCAGUAGAUUGUCGGAGAUGAUCGAGUCUCACGCGGUGACUACGUUGAAUAACAUCGCAUUGUCAACCGCCACGGAACGACUGAGCGUUAAUCCGUUCGAUAGAAAAGACGUCGUGAACGCGAUCACCGAGAGGAAUGUAGUCGCAAAACCGUCGUCCGUCAGGAAACAACGGCAGCGCGAGCACGUCACUGUCACCGACAGUUGCGAGUCGCGAGACACGGAGAUUGAGAAUCAGGACAAUCUGCAGUUGCAGUGCAGGAAGGAUGCGGAGUCCGGUAUAGUUCCUAAGAAGCAUCACAACCCCAGUUCCGAGUUGUCGUCGCCGAAGCGUCAAUUACGAGGUAGCAAUUGCGAAGAGAACUCAUCCGAAACGGCAGAGUUGUUGAAGCAUCGUCGUAUUGUGUUCGCCACGACGAGGCGCAGUCGAAUAGGCUCACGGAAGCGCCAUCCCAGGAAACGUCAAUCGAGAACGGCCGUUACCCGUAACAAUCUAUCGUCGUCCGAUCACGGAAUAGUCUACGACGACGAGAACUGUAAAAAAGAUGCCUACUUGAGUAUUACAUCGUGUAAUAAGAAGCAGUCGCCGGCUUCCGGGAUGCGCGGCAGUGUCAAACGCAAAAGCGAGGCUAUAUCAUCAUCGGACAAUAUCCAGGACUUGUCCGAAUCGACGAUAGAUCAGUGCACGUUGUCGGACCGCGUUAGUCCUUCGGUAUUAUCAUCCACUGAACUCGAGCAACGUCGUUCGAGCAUCGAAUUCCAGCCGGUCGUGCGAAUGAUGAAGCUCGACGAUCAGAUAGACGUGGAUCACAGUAUUUUGUCGUCGGUGACGGUGGCGAGCAACCGGCGUUUGAGAAGUUCCGUCGGCUCUUCGCGGUCGAAUCCUAAGCCGCCGAAGAAGCGCAUCAAGUCUGGACGCGGUCACUUCAACCGGUGAUUGAAGAGUAGCUGAAGACCUGGAAGACGAAAAGGAAGAAAAAAAAGAGGGCUGUACUGCAACUUAAAUUACAGCGACGGUGGCCGAUUAUCGGUUUUGCGAUAUCACAUCUCACCAUCGCAGUGUACAUUGUGUAUAAAAAUAUUAUUUGUGUAUGUAGAAUAGUAUUUAACAUCGCAUAGUAUUCUAUCCUUCUCUUUCUCUGUCUCUCUAGUGAUACCGUUCUACUUAGUGACAUUCUUUCAGGUGAUUAGUUUUAAUGCUCUCCAGCCGGUACAUCCUAUUGUGUAUAUUCUUUAGAUGCGGUCAAUGUGUUCUUGCAAAUGGGAUAGUUUUGUCCUAUUUUCUACUAGAUCCAUCGUUCCUUUUAUCUACUUUUCCCUCCUUUUUUUGCAUUGAACGAAAAUUAUAUAUCUUGAAGACAAACGUUUCGUUCAAAUCAUGUUUAAUAAUUAUUUCUAUUUAGAGUGUAUUACAUUUUUAGAAUACGCAAGACUGCAUACAGCUUUAUAACAGUGUAAUAACACAUACACAUUUCCAUUAUGUUGUCUAUUAUUGAAAGAACUAAUGUUCUACAUUUUUGAUUCCCCCUAUAUAUAUAUCGUCCUAAAUAUUUUAUUUCAAGCAAAACUGUUAUAAAUCGCUCAUGAGUUCAGAAAGAGAAAUUAUUAUUAUUAAAGAUACGAAUUUUCCAUUAAAA